GGAGCCGUCGCCGGCUCCGGAAGUGACCCUGGCGGCUUUGCCUUCAAAUUCCAGCUGGACCGAAGCGGUGCCGGGGUCUGCGGGCGGCUCGGAGCCGCCAGUGGCGGGGCGGUGAGCACGUCGCAGGGCCAGGCCGGGCCGUUCCCGGAGCAGCGCCGGCCCGCCGCGGCUUUCAGGUGAGCAUGAGUCUCCUUAUGAUCAGUGAGAAUGUGAAAUUAGCUCGUGAAUAUGCAUUGCUGGGAAAUUAUGACUCCGCCAUGGUCUAUUAUCAGGGAGUACUUGACCAGAUGAACAAGUAUCUAUACUCAGUCAAAGACACAUAUCUCCAGCAGAAGUGGCAACAGGUUUGGCAGGAGAUAAAUGUGGAAGCUAAACAUGUUAAAGAUAUCAUGAAAACACUUGAGAGCUUCAGACUGGACAACACUCCCCUGAAAGCCGCCCAGCAUGAGCUUCCAGCUUCUGAGGGAGAGGUCUGGUCCUUGCCUGUCCCUGUUGAACGAAGACCCUCACCAGGACCUAGGAAACGCCAGUCUCCUCAGUACAAUGACCCCAAGCCCCACAGUAACCGUCCCAGUACAUCUGCCAGAGCUCACCGUCCAUCUGCGCACAAUCUUCACAAUGACAGAGGGAAAGCUGUUCGUUGUCGAGAAAAGAAGGAACAGAAUAAAGGAAGAGAGGAGAAGAACAAAUCACCUGCUGCAGUCACAGAACCAGAGACAAAUAAAUUUGAUAGUACUGGGUACGAUAAGGACUUAGUAGAAGCUUUGGAAAGAGAUAUAAUUUCCCAGAAUCCCAAUGUUCGAUGGGAUGAUAUUGCAGAUUUAGUAGAUGCUAAAAAGUUGCUUAAAGAAGCAGUGGUGUUACCAAUGUGGAUGCCAGAAUUUUUUAAAGGCAUUAGGAGACCGUGGAAAGGAGUUUUGAUGGUUGGCCCUCCCGGCACGGGAAAGACACUGCUUGCGAAAGCAGUAGCUACCGAGUGCAAGACAACCUUCUUCAACGUCUCAUCGUCCACUCUGACCUCCAAGUACCGGGGAGAGUCCGAGAAACUGGUCCGUCUUCUUUUUGAAAUGGCCCGAUUUUAUUCUCCAGCCACUAUAUUUAUUGAUGAGAUCGAUUCCAUUUGUAGUCGCAGAGGGACAUCUGAGGAGCAUGAAGCAAGCAGAAGGGUGAAAGCCGAGCUGCUGGUUCAGAUGGACGGUGUUGGAGGUGCUUCUGAGAAUGACGACCCUUCCAAAAUGGUCAUGGUCCUUGCAGCUACUAAUUUUCCCUGGGAUAUUGAUGAGGCUUUAAGACGACGUCUUGAAAAAAGAAUCUAUAUUCCAUUACCAUCAGCCAAGGGCAGAGAGGAGCUGUUACGGAUAAGUCUUCGUGAACUGGAACUGGCUGAUGAUGUUGACCUCGCCAAAAUAGCAGAAAAUAUGGAAGGCUAUUCAGGUGCAGACAUUACCAACGUGUGCAGGGAUGCAUCCUUGAUGGCCAUGAGAAGACGUAUUGAAGGGUUGACCCCUGAAGAAAUUCGAAAUCUUUCAAGGGAAGAAAUGCACAUGCCCACAACUAUGGAGGAUUUCGAAAUGGCUUUAAAAAAAGUUUCCAAGUCAGUAUCCGCUGCAGACAUUGAAAGAUACGAGAAAUGGAUAUUGGAGUUUGGAUCAUGUUAAUUCUCACAUGUUAGCAGUGAGAAACCUGCCUUAAGUGUUUGAAUAAUUAAAUGUAGUUUUUCAUUGCACUGAGUGCUAUAUUUUUUUAAACUUUCAUAAUGGUGAGAUUUUUAAAAAGAAACCUUAUGAUUGUGAAUAAAGGUGACUUUUUUUUUUU